AUGUCUCAUAUUGCUGUUGAGAGGAACCGGCGCAGGCAGAUGAACGAGCAUCUCAAAGUGCUUCGCUCUCUGACGCCAUCUUUCUAUAUCAAAAGGGGCGACCAAGCAUCUAUAAUUGGAGGAGCCAUAGAGUUCAUCAAGGAGUUGCAUCUCGUUCUGCACUCGCUGGAGGCCAAGAAGAAAAGAAAGAGCUUAAGUCCGAGCCCUACACCAAGCCCGAGAUCGCUGCUGCACUUCAAUCCAUCUCCGCCCAUCACUAACAACUCAUCACACGAUUCAGAGAAUAUUGUGAAGCAACUCGGAGCGUGCUGCAACUCGCCGGUCGCCGAUGUGGAGGCCAAGAUCUCGGGCUCAAACGUGCUUUUGCGAACGCUAUCAAAGCGCGUCCCUGGUCACGUCGUCAAAAUAAUAACUUUGCUAGAGAAGCUUGAUUUCGAAAUCCUUCACCUCAACAUCAGUAGCAUGGAGGAUACUGUGCUUUACUCCUUCGUCAUUAAGAUUGGAUUUGAAUGCCAACUCAGUGUAGAAGAAUUAGCUCUUGAAGUUCAACAAUGCUUCCGUCAAGGUGCGGCAUAUUGA